UCUCACUAACAAUUCUCUUCUUCGCAGACCUCUCCUCGAUAUGACAUCAGGAGGAGGAGGAGGAGGAGGAGGAGGACGAGGAGGAGGAGUGGUAGUGGACGUGGUGGAGGAAAUCAUUCUUCGGUGCCAGCAGGACAUCGUUAACGCCCUUGGGAAUGGGAACAUCGGGAAUGGGAACGUGACGGGUGGCAGCAUGAGCCUUGCGGAACACCUCCCUACCUCUGCGGGAAGCCACCAGUCCACUGACGCCCCUGGGAUGGCUACGGAAGGAGGAGUGAUGGCAGGACACGAAGAUUACGAAGGAUACCACGUGGGUCCUUCGGUUUAUCCUACAGUCCCUCCUACAGGACAAUUUUACCUUGAGGGCUACAGCAUUUGCGACCACUGUAACUUCACUGAAGGGGAUAUAGAGGUGCUUUUAAACUCCGGCACCUGCACGCCCUCUGAUUUCUCCUCCUACAUGCCUCUAAUCUACCAAAUGUACACUUGUAUUUUCCUUAUAGCGCUUCUAGGCAACAUUUUAGUUCUGUACACUGUGGCCGCUAACAGGAAAAUGCACACGGUUACCAAUCUUUUCAUCGCUAACCUGGCCGUGGGUGACUUGCUUAUCAUGGUCUUCUGUGUCCCGUUCAGCGUCGCCUCCAUCAUUGUCCUCCAGUACUGGCCGUUCGGAGAGGUGCUGUGUGUCUUCGUUAAUUACUCCCAGGCCGUGUCAAUCUUCGUCUCGGCCUACACGCUGGUGGCCAUCAGUCUGGACCGCUACCUGGCCAUCAUCUACCCGCUCCGGCCCCGCAUGACCCGCUGCCAGGCCAAGGUUAUUAUAGCAGCCGUGUGGUUCAUGGCGCUAGUCACCACACUUCCCAUCGCUGUCUUCUCCCGCCUGGACCCCACUGAUCUGCGCGUGUAUCAGUGGUACGGGCGCGAGGUGUGCCGGGAGGACUGGCCCAAUGAAGUGCUGAGGAAGUACUACACGAUGAGUCUUAUGGUGCUUCAGUACUUCCUGCCUCUCCUCGUGCUUAUAUUCACCUACUCCAGGAUCGCAUGCAAGGUGUGGGGGUGUCGGUCUACCAGUUUCUCUCACUCAGGAUGUAACACACAGAUGACGCUCGUGGCCGCCCCGGAGACAGAUCGAGGACUACUGAGGACAAAUGCCAGCGAUCACUCCCCAGCCAAGAUGAUACGCCUGACUCUGGCUGUGGUUCUUGUUUACUCCCUCUGCUGGCUGCCCUUCAACAUCCUCAUGGUAAUAUUGGACUUCGUGGAGGAGGCAGGCUUCUGGACCCACACCCACCACGUCUGGUUCAUCUGUCACUGGCUGGCCAUGUCCCACGCCUGCUACAACCCGCUUAUUCUCUGCUGGAUGAAUACAAAGUUCAGAGAGGGGUACCUACUGGCUCUCUACCGCCUCCUCCCCUGCUGUCGCUCUCGCCUCUCUCACUCCCUCCUGCAGCUCAGACAGACAGCGGGCUUGCAAAGGGCGUACACUUCAAGCACUAGGGCAUCACGUACGCAGAGGUACAGUGCUGUUUACCUGGAGUGUCAGGUGAGGGAGAACAACGGUGAUGUCACUCCAACAGUACCUAUCCACCACCACCUAGACCUCCCCGACCCCCUCCACCACCACCACCUGCACCACAAGCCACCACCACCGCCACCACCACCAAAAGCACAGCCACAGCCAUGGGAGUCUAAGCUAUAGGUUAUAUUGUGGCGGUUGAUGUUCGUGUUGUUAUCGUUGUUAGUCUUAAAAAAGGUGUUAUUUAUGUGUGUUUUUUUUUUUAUAUAUAUGUGAAAAUUGUCACUGUCAUGUUUCUCUUCCAUUAUUGUCGAUAUUACGUCGUGUCAUCACCACUAUCACCACCACCAUCACUAACCAUUACCACCACCAUCGCUUCCUAUCAAACAUUCCAUAUAUUUUCAUUGCUGUAAUCAUUUUCACUAUUCCCCCCCCUCUCUCUCUCUCUCUCUCUGCGUGUGCGUGCGUGCGUGUGUGUGUGUGUGUUUACAUAUUACAUCCCCCUCUCCGUUUACUCUCUCCUUCCUUCCAUCCUUCCUACCUUCAUUUCUCUAAGUAUCUCAUUUCACUCUUUUACUUUCCCUCCCCUUCCUUCUCCCCUCUUCCUAGCUCCUGCCUCCUAGCUAAUUAUCUCCCUCCCCUCUUUCAUUCCACGAUGGUUGGCUCAAGGGGAAGGGUAGAAUGAAGAGGGGAAGAGGAGGAUAAAGAGGGGAAGAGGACAGGUGAAAGGACAAGUGUGAGGAUUAACUGGGGAAACACACGCAAGAAGAGGAAGGGAAGGGAAAGGAAGGGAAGGGAAGGGAAGGGGGAAGACAGCUUUUGUACAGGUAAUGGUAAUAAUUGUCCUACCUGUAAUUAGUGGCCAGAUAAAUUCCACUCCUGCUGCUGUACUACUGAUGUGCACCUGUAAUGAGAGGAAAGAUGGAACAGGUGAAUUCAGGUACAUGAUGGUACAAAAAUAUACAGUUUCGAUUUUGGAAGAAAGGAGAGAAUUGGGUAUCAAAAAGCCAUACGUAUGUUGAAAUUUAUAUAUAUUUUUCACUAGAUAAAGUGGAAACAAAAGAAAAUAUCGGGUAAAUUCAAGUAAAUGACAAUAUAAGAAUUUUUUGGUUACGAUAUUGUUAAGAAGAAAAAAAAAAAAAAAGGUUUGUACGUAUGAUGAAAUUUACAUACAUUUUUUUUUUCUAGCUAAAAUGAAAAUGAAAGAAAAUGGCAGGUAAAUUCAGGUAAAUGACAGUAUAAUAAUCUUUUGUUUCGCUAUUGGACAACUCAUAAAGAACGUGUACAGUGUGUAGAAGAAGCUGAAAUUUACAUAAUCUGAGUAGAAUAAUUAUGAAAGAAGGGAACAGGUAGAUUCACAGGUACACAGAAACAUUACAACUAUAGUUACUUUUAAAAUUCGAUUACUAAUACAUAAAAGAUAGUACAUACACACUGAGCUGAAUUUCGUAUGUAAUUAUAAAACAGAUAAUGAAGAAAGAGGACAAGUACAUUUAAACUAACGAAGAAGAGACAAACAUAAACACAACUAAACUACCAACUACUUUAUAAACCCUCAGGUAAAAUAAGUCAUGUUUACUUGUUCAUCUACUUUGCUUUAAUCCAUCACCUCUCCACCUAGCUUUAUGUGGAGCAACAGACACAAUCACAAAGACACUCCACUCAGUCAUCCACACGUUUAGAUACAUUUAACUCUCAAGCUUUUCUAUUUAUUUUUCUACUUUGCUUUAAUCCAUCACCUCUCCACCUGGCUUUAUGUGGAGCAACAGACACAAUCACAAAGACACUCCACUCAGUCAUCCACACGUUUAGAUACAGGCUUUCCUAUUUAUUUUUCUACUUUUCUUUCAUCCAUCACUUUUCCACCUGGCUUUAUAAUCGGCAAAAUGAAAAUUCGAAACUAAGUUGAUUUUACGAGUCUGACCUACAUACUUUUAUUUCUGGAAUUGCGUAGGCCUAAUAUUAGGUUUAUUGUUCUAUAUGGAGCACCAAUCUAUGAGGUUUUAAAUUACAUUAACCUUAUACCCGGGAAAGGGAAUUCAUAGGCACCGGCAGGCCUACAUAUUUAUAGGUAGAAUAGGCCUAUGGUUGUU